GAGCGCUUGAGUUGCGAUGAGAAAAGCACGUUUCGUUUCGGCGUGGCUCCUCACUUCGGCUUUCUUCCACUGCUUCAUACUCAUCCCACGUUCUCUUGGAGUGAUUGUAUCUCACAUCAGUCUACUGAGUGAAUCAAACCGCACUGAUUAUGCUCUUCAAGGCGAACAUGCCUCUCUUCACUGCCAUUACCAGACAGCUCCUGAUGAGACAGUCUCCUCGGUUCGUUGGGAAUGGAAACAUCGUGGUUCGGAAGAAAGUGUCGAGGUAUACGUGUGGAGACCUAAUAGAAGGCCAGUAGCCAGAGAAAUAUUCUUCGGACGCACGGAUGUCUCCAAUACCGACCCCAGUGUCAUCAUUAUAAGACAGGCUCACAUGGACAUGGAAGGAAAGUAUCGUUGCGUGGUGCAGACCAAUGAAAUGUCUGGUUAUACUGAUUUUCAACUGAUAGUCAUUGUAGAUGCCUGCCAAGAAAAUGUCUGGACAACUGAAUUGGAUCCUGAUACUUGCACUGACACCAUUCGUAUGCAUUGCGUCGGGUUGUUUCCUAAGCCAUCUGCAUCUUGUGGAGUUUACAACGAGGACACGAGGACUUACUUGACAAGCGUUCCUUUCGAUAGAAUUGUGACGCUUCGAAAUUCGACCUACGAAAUAACACUCACUAAUCGAUAUGUUAUUCGGGACUGGACAAGCUACACGAACAUAUGGUUCAAGUGCUUCUUUGUUAUUGAUGGCACUUCUUGGCGACGCGGAAUAACGUAUAAACUCUUUGGGGAUUACGGCUGUGAUCCUAACCCGCCUCACCCGGGUCCAGGGACUUAUAAUAUGACGGAAGAAAAGUCUUGCUGGAACAGACCCAGAGAAGGUGCUAUGGUUCAAUACAGCUGCAACAGUUCGAAACUGUUGCGUGGGCCGGAAAUACUUGUUUGCAGAAAUGGUUCGUGGCUACCAGAAUCUCCCGACUGGAACGGCAGUCCAGAACCAUACUGCAAUAUAGCUCCAUGUAUGAAACUGUGUUUUUUAGUAACAUGGAUCAGUCUUGCUAUUGUGAUAGGCACUCAUUUUUUCUGAAGCUUUAGGGAACAAUCGAAAUUUUCCUGGGCGAUCAAAGACUCCGGAAAAGGCUUUCACUUGAUGUGAGAAAUGAGAGCAUUUCGAACUGAAACAACUUUCAAUGGACUUCUAGCUUAGUACUUAAUUAGAGUUCGCAUUGGUAAAAAUUGAGUGUAUGUAUGAAGAAAGAAAUCUUUUGGACCAAGUGGUUUUUACUGCAUCUUUUUUGUUAAUCACUUCACUCACACAAGGGAUUGUACUUUAAAAUUUGUUAUUUCAAAAGGUGCCCACAGCAUUUUAUGAUUUACAAAAAUUGUUGUUAUUGUUAAUAUAUUAAUAGAACGUAAUGUUAUUGUUGAUUGUAUUUAUAUGUUUUGUUGAAUAUUUCUUUAGAUUUAUUACAAUUCUUAUGCAGGUAGGUGUGAAGUAAAAUGUGAGUAUAAAAACGUACUCUUCUAAGAAUGCGAUCUUGCAUAAAGUGAAAGCUACGUUGAAAUUGCGAUUUUUUUUUUUUUGGUAUAGAAAUCGUGUUAUUCAUUGGUAUAUUGCCUGUUUGAUCUAAUGAAAAAAUCAUAACAAUGAUUCACUUUGAUUUAUACUGCUAGCAUUCAAAUAACUGAGCAAUUUGCAAACUAAUACAUCUACUUCUUGGAUAAAAUUGCAGGUCAACUAUUCGUUGAAUUAUUUUUUUAAUCAUGUAUAUUCUUUAUCUAUUGAUGACUGAUAACCGAAAGUAAGUUAAUGAUUUAAGAUGUUUGUAGAUGAGCUAAGAAUAAUUUUUUCACCAGAUUACAGGUGGUUAAGUUUUGAGCCUUCAAAAUGAAUUUCUUAUUUGUAUAUAAAUUUCAGAUUCAGUAAAUGUAUUCGAAAACUCAUUUAUAUUAUAACUGUA